CUCAUAGCUCAAAUCCAAGAUGGCGGAUAUAUAGCUUGUUUUGGCGCGGGAAAUUUGGAGAUUCGUCUAUGAAUUAUGGAUAGCGAUGGCGACUCAACAUGCGCCUCGGAAUACGCCAGAAGCAUUGAUUUGCCUAACGUGUUCAGGAAUAUCAAGAAUGCGAAACGCUUUGCAGUUGACAUUGGUGGAUCACUUGCAAAAGUUGCUUACAUGUCAGAGGUCCAUCAUAUAAGAAAAAGACAUCAGAGCUUUUCACUAAAGAAAGAUGAUGAUAGCAACGUUGAAGAGGAAGUAAGAAAAUCCAACGGCAAUGGCAAUGAUGGCAGCCCGAUCUAUGAGAUCCUAGAUCAGCCAGAAUGUGGAGUCCGCCUUCAUUUUGUCAAAUUUGAGACCAAGUACAUUGAGGCCUGUAUUGACUUCAUCCGAGAGACGGCAAACACCACCGAUGACUUAGGAGGGAUUAUCAAAGCAACAGGUGGGGGUGCUUUCAAGUACAAAGAUCUUUUGACCACAAAGCUUGGAGUUAGGGUUGACAAAGAGGAUGAAAUGCAGUGUCUUCUGAGAGGGUGUAACUUUGUGUUGAGCAGUCUCCCACAUGAGACGUUUGAGUUUCGCAGAGAUGAGGACCCUCAGUAUCUCUUUCAUCAUCUUGAUGCAUCAGAGAUUUUCCCUUAUCUGCUUGUCAAUAUUGGGUCUGGUGUUAGCAUUGUUAAGGUUGAUGCCAAGGACAAGUUUGAGAGGAUUGGAGGGACAAGUACUGGUGGGGGGACAUUCUGGGGCCUUGGUUCUCUUCUGACAAGUGCAAAGGGAUUUGAUGAGUUAUUAGAAUUAGCAACCAAAGGACAGCACAAGAACGUGGACAUGUUGGUGAGGGACAUUUAUGGCGGUGCUUACACUGAAAUGGGACUGCCUGGAGAUUUGACGGCUUGUAGUUUUGGAAAAGCUAUGCGCUCUUUUAGAGACGGACAAGAUGCUCACAAUUUUGGUGAGAGUGAUAUUGCCAAGUGUCUGCUGCUCAUGAUCAGUAAUGACAUUGCUCAGAUCGCGUCCCUUCACGCUCGGCUUUACAACAUCAAGCGAAUUUUCUUUAGCGGAUUCUUCAUCCGUGGCAUUCCUGCGACCAUGCACACCAUUACAUACGGCAUCAACUACUGGUCUAAGGGCAGUCAGCAGGCGCUGUUCCUUCGACAUGAAGGGUACCUCGGGGCCAUUGGUGCCUUUCUCAAGGGGGCCGAGGAAGACGAGAACCUUCCCUUUCGACUGUUGACCUGGGGAGAAAACUAUGCAGGUAGCUCGGGCUUGCCCGAGGCUCCCCCGACCAAACGAUCUGCAACGCCAGAGAAUAUGCAGUGCGACGUUCUCGAGAUUGACCAAAUUCCCUGCCAGCUCGUUCCCUUUCCUCUUCUUGCAUCUCCGGGGGAUUAUCUACCCGAUACCGAGGAUUUGACCGCAGACGCCGCCGCCCGGCAGUACUGGUUAGACUGCUUCGGCGCGGCCCUCGAUAAGGUUGUUGAGCGAGCGAUUUGGAGUCAGCGGAAUUCCCCAGAUGUGCAUGAGCGAGCCGAGAAGUUUCGUACUAAAUACAAAAAUAGGCUUUUGACACUGUAUCGGCAACCUUGCGCGUUUGGCGCCCUCACCGUUCAUAGUCUGCUGGACACAAGAGAACAGUGCCUUAAUGAAUUUGACUUCCCCGACCCAUACGCAGAGCUGAAGCAACAAGAAAAUGAGGAGGCACUAAAAAUGUUCACCCGGAGAAUUAGGGAAUUGGACAAGAUGGAAUCCGAACAGCGUCAGAUCGCGCUAGUACGAGGCAUGCUCGCGGGAAAUGUGUUCGACUGGGGUGCAAGAGAAGUAUCCGAUUUAAUGGAAAAAAAUCUUCUUGGAUUUGAUACAGCGAUGGACAGACUCGAGGCUCGCCCAUGGCUUAAAGACGAUCUUGAUGAAUGGAUAUCAAGAACGAAGGGCCCACCCUACAAGCUUGCCGUGGUGUUCGUGGAUAACAGUGGUGUAGAUAUCAUUCUUGGUGUCAUGCCUUUUGUGAGAGAGCUGGUCUCUCGUGGGACAAAGGUGAUCCUAGCAGCCAAUUCCUACCCAGCUCUUAACGACGUCAUGCAUGGCGAGCUGGUGAUCCUGAUUGAACGCCUCGCCAAGCUUUGUCCUGCACUCAAGUCCGCCGUGAAGUCUGGGCGACUGGUUGCCAUGGCAUCAGGUGUUGGUUCUCCAUGUCUCGAUCUGCGAAGGAUAGACGCUGACCUUGCUGCGAGCUGUGCAGAAGCUGAACUUGUGUUACUGGAAGGCAUGGGAAGGUGCAUACACACCAACUUCCACGCGAGGUUCACGUGCGACUCGAUAAAGCUCGCUGUUAUCAAGAAUCGAUGGCUCGCCGAGAGACUUGGCGGUAACAUGUAUAGCGUAGUAUUCAAGUUCGAGAGAGUCGCACAGCCCUUGUCAGCAACAUAAUAUAACGCCAUGGAACAUGCAUGACGUCAUUUUGUUUCAAUGACGUACUAUUACGUGCAUGAUCAUGACAUCAUGGUCUCAAAAUGACGUCAUGAUUACGCUCAUGGUGUAAACUGGAAGUGUUGUGUCUCGAAUCAUGACGACAUUGAUGUCAUGAAUGGUGGAUACCUUAUUCUAAUGUGCCAGUAUUCAAUAAGAAUUAGUUUUUGACACGGAUGGAAGAUAUUGUCUUUAAAUAUUUUGAUACAAUGCUGAAUGUCGGAUUUUGAAUGCACCUUCUGUUAUUUCUCGACUAUGUAGUCCUCAAUACGAAGUCAUCGACUGCGCGAUUAAAAUGCAAUUUAAAGAUUGAAAGAUGCACUUUAUAUUACAGGAAAUGGAAAUUUAUGCUCCGCGGAAGGUUUCGUAUUGAUUUAGAAACUUGGGAAUCCUACCAAAGUGUUGAUUUCCGAAACGUAGCAUGCACAUCCGUAUACUUUCAUUAGUUUUAAAUCUCGGUUGGUUUUGCAAGAGUUUGCAGAUGUCAUCUUGUUAUUUUUGGUAUACCAUUGGAAAAUCUAUACAAUUAAAUUUCUCGUAUAAUGUGA